AUGGGCCCCUGUACCGCCUCCUCUUGCUGCUGCCAGGCCCGUAAUCUGCCAUGGGCCCCCGUACCGACUCCUCAUGCUGCUGCCAGGCCCGUAAUCUGUCAUGGGCCCCUGUACCGCCUCCUCAUGCUGCUGCCAGGUCCAGAGUGUGUCAUGGGUCCCUGUACGGCCUCCCAUUGCUGCUGUCUCCAUCGCCACACUCUGCCAUGUGCCACUUUCAGGUCUCCUCACACUGCUGGUGGGUUCCAUUUUUUCAUAGGGUGCUGUACGGCCUCCCAUUGCUGCUGCCUCCACCGCCACACUGUGGCUCCACACUCUGGUUUUGGCCCCGUGACUGCCCAAAUGAGUGAAGUGUGCGGUGAUUCUAAGAUCGACGGCACUCAUCUGCAUGUCAUACUGACUGACAGUAUUAUUUCUCUUCCCCAGCAGACUCCAAGGGCAUUUAAAUUAAAGGUACAGUGUUCUGCACUAAUAUAA